AUGCUUAUUACAUAUGACUGCUCGCCCUUAGUCCCUAGAGGUGGUUUUGAGUUUUCAGGUUCUUGGAAUGGGCUGUUUUGUUUUCGUGCAAAAUCUAAAAAAAUAAUAAAUUAUAACCCUUCAUCAAAUGUAAACCUCAAGAAUAUCCCAGAUGUCUGGCAGUUGGGCUACAAUAGCAUAUUUGCAUUUGGCUACGACGAGCAUAAUGACGAUUACAAGGCUGUUUAUGCUUAUUAUGCUGACUAUAGUGAUGAGAAUAUGGUUUUGGUGUACAGUUUGAAGUAUGGGACCUGGAAAAGAAGAAAAAGAGGGUUUAUUAGUGGGUUUGUUAAUCCCAUAACUGUUGUGUUUGUGAGUGGUAAUCUCAACUGGUGCAACAAUAAUUUAGAUGACAGUGACUGGAAUUGGAACAUAAUUUCCUAUAAUUUAACCACUCAAACUGCCAAAUCUAUAAUGUUAUCCAUCCAUGAACAUGGGGCUGCCUUUUUUAUAAGUGGAUCAAGAUGA